AUGAGCCUUGACAGAUUACCGUCAUUUGCUCUGCUUCCUCUUGGCCACGCCCAAUCUUCCACCACAUCCUCCCCGCGUCUGAGCUCCAUCGCCUCCCAUAACGGCUCCCAAUCCUCCUUCACCUCGGCCGCCUCCUCCAACGGUCCCAAAACGCCUUCGCCCACUCUGCCCCUCAACGCCAUCACAGGCCCCCCCACCAACAUUGUCCGCUACGACGCUAUGAAUCACCCGCCCGACCUUUACUAUGCCCAGCACCUCUCGGCUGGUCAGCCCUCUGCGCCUCAGACCGUCACCUCGAGCGCCAUGGGCCAUUAUCACCAACAACCACCUCCCAUGCUGCAGUCCAACCACGGCCAAUACUCCAAUCCCGCACCCUACUCCUACGGCUACGCCAAUGGCCUGACAUCGCCGCCUUCCGCGCCACCAUCCGUCUCCAACGGCAUGGCUGCGCCCCAAAACGUUCUGCCUUUGCCGGGCGGUGUCCCCAGCCAAAACUCGUUGCAACAACCGUACGCCCAUUUUGACAGCACCGGACAGCAGCCCCCGCCCGGCAUGAAGCCUCGUGUGACUGCUACUCUCUGGGAAGACGAAGGCAGUCUCUGCUUUCAGGUUGAGGCCCGCGGCAUCUGUGUAGCCCGUCGCGAAGACAACCACAUGAUCAAUGGCACAAAACUGUUAAACGUCGCUGGCAUGACCCGUGGCCGCCGCGAUGGUAUCCUCAAGAGCGAAAAGAUCCGCCAUGUGGUAAAAAUAGGUCCCAUGCACCUCAAGGGAGUCUGGAUUCCUUAUGAGCGGGCUCUCGAGUUUGCCAACAAGGAAAAGAUUACCGAGCUUCUCUAUCCUCUGUUUGUACACAACAUUGGCUCUUUGCUCUACCAUCCCACCAACCAGAGCCGUACCAACCAGGUCAUGGCCGCUGCCGACCGCCGCAAGCAGGACCAGGGCCAACAGAUGCGCACCUCGUCCAGCCACGGGUUGCCUUCAAUUCACCACCAGCAGCAAUCCGCCAUGGCCCAGGUUCCCGGGAAUCAACCCACAUUGGCCUCUCACAGCUCGUUGGCGCGUCCCGGCCUAGAACGCGCGCACACAUUUCCUACGCCGCCAACCAGUGCCUCGAGCGUGAUCAAUGGCAUGGGUGCCUCAGAGGGCUUCAACUGGCACAGCCAAGGCAUCAACAGCCAGCAGGCUACUACGCCUCCCGGUACCUCACUACAAUCUCUGCAGUCGUACCCCUCGAGCGCCCACGGCGGCUACGACAGCCAACGCCAGAUGUACACUGCUCCCUCCACGCAGCAGUCGCCGUACCAGAGCACUGCCAAUUCCUCUCAGGACCGUCUGUACGGUCAGGCUGGUUCGUACCCCAAACACGACAUGGCUCCACCAUUGAGCCGACCAGCUACCACUGGCAUUCUUGCUGACCACUCCCAAGCCAAAUCGAACGGUGUCAUUCCCUCUGAACAAGCUGCUCCCCAGCAGCCUGGCGACGAGGAAGGUGAACAUGAGCAGGAGACAGAGUAUACCCACGACAGUGGCUCCUACGACCCUACUCGCGCGUCGUACAAUUACAGCGCCCCAAGCGCUUUGCCCAGCGACAGCAGUAACAUGCCUCCUGAGAUGACGGGUUCUCCUAACCACCCGCCCGCUUCUGGCCGUGCGACCCCUAGAACUGCCGCGCAGCCCCAGUCGUACUAUCAGCAUGGUGGCUACACGCCUCCUCGCGUGCAGCAGUCGAGCAACCUUUACAAUGUCAUGAGCAACGAUCGCCCUACCACCAACGGUGCUACCACCGGUGAUGUCUAUGCUCCCGCGGGCGAGAUGCCGGGUUCCAUGAACAAUGGGUAUGCUCCUCGUCCUGUGCUCAACGGUGUUAGCGCUGGUGUCAAGCGCGGCCGUGACGACGACGAAGUUACCAACAAUGUUGGGUCAGUCGACCUGAAGCGUCGCAAGACCAUGAUGGAAACUAGUGUUCCCGCUCCCGUCUACGACGCCAUGAACCAAUCUGCCUCUGCUGUCGGAGCACCCCCCCGGCGAUGA